UUUUGCCCUUCCCUUCCUCAACACUUAAACCAACUAACACCAGCACCAAACCUACUUUAGUCACCCAUUUCUAGCCAUGUCCUUGCACUUAAAGAAAAGAAAAGCCACCCUGCAAUCAUUUCUAUAUUGGAUCAGCUACAGCUAAAGUUGGGUGAUGGGAUUGUAGCAGGUUGUUAAAAGCCGGCCUCGGACUUCCAUUUCUUUUCAUACUUCACAGUCUCCUCCCCUUUACUUCUUAUAGUUGAUCAUAGUUGUUUAUAACUAUAGAAUUGUAGGGAAUCAAAUUAAGGAUCAGUGAAAGAAGCUAGUCUUAGCUGCAAGGAGGGGAGAAGAACAAGGCCACGGAAAGAAUGAGCACAGCAAGGUUUAUCAAGUGCGUCACAGUGGGGGAUGGAGCGGUGGGAAAGACUUGCAUGCUCAUUUCCUACACUAGCAAUACCUUUCCAACGGAUUAUGUUCCAACAGUAUUUGACAACUUCAGUGCCAAUGUGGUGGUGGAUGGCAGCACAGUGAACCUUGGCCUAUGGGACACUGCCGGACAGGAAGACUACAACAGGCUAAGACCUUUGAGUUAUAGAGGAGCUGAUGUGUUUUUGCUAGCCUUUUCUCUGAUAAGCAAGGCCAGUUACGAAAACAUCUACAAAAAGUGGAUAGCUGAGCUUAGGCAUUAUGCUCCUAAUGUGCCAAUUGUGCUUGUUGGAACCAAACUAGAUUUGCGAGAUGACAAGCAGUACUUGAGUGAUCACCCAGGAGCAACAGCAACAACAACUUCUCAGGGAGAGGAACUAAAGAAAAUGAUAGGAGCAGUUACUUACAUUGAAUGCAGUUCCAAAACCCAACAGAAUGUGAAGACUGUUUUUGAUGCUGCAAUAAAGGUAGCUUUAAGGCCACCAAAGCCAAAGAGAAACCCUCGCAGCAAGCGAAGAUCAUGUGUUUUCCUUUGAAUCUCAAUCAGCAUUACAGUCAAAUACUUUCCAAAAACUGUCUGCAGAUAAAUACCAUCUGCUAUACUUUUUAUUACUCCUUUUUUUUGCAUAAAUUUCAUAUGAAGCUAUGAAGUAUCUCUAAGAAGAGAUUAGAAGUCUCUAUAAUGAGUCAAACCAUAAUGCUACCAAUUACGGAACGGGUUCAGUUUUUGCUGUAUAAGUUCAUUUUAAUCUUCUUUUCCAUGGCUAGCUUUACACAUGCCAGAGCCUCUUUACAAUUUUCUGAGUUAUAGGUUAGGCUGCAAUUCUACUGGAGAACAUUUGCUUACUUUCACAAUGGAGUACUUCUCAAGAUAGCAUCAAUUUAAUAAGGAAGCAACUGUUUUACAA